UCCCCAAGCUUCUCAAUCCUUUCCAAACUCGUCCAGGUGAAAGCUCUUGUUUCUCCCAAAGACUUGUUCCGUUCAUCCUCAAGUCUCUCCGUCGCAAUGGGUUGGUUCGACGGCUGGUUCGGCCCCAGCGCCUCGUCCGACGACCCUCUCAAGUCCCUCGACCCCAAGCUCCGCGAAUACCUCGAGCGCGAAUCCCCCGUCAAGAUCCAGCAGCAGCAGCAGGUCCAAGAAGCCGAGAAAAAGGCCAUUCGAAUCGCCGCGCAAGCAGCGCUGGCGGCGGAAGCAAACGCACAAGCACAGGCCCAGUCGCAAUCACAGUCACAAGGUGCCGCCGCCGCCGCAGAACGACCAAUUGUGCCGAAAGAGAGCCUCUUCCAGGACGGGCGGUACGCGCACCUGUGGAAGACGUACCGGCCCUACGCCGAGAUCGAGGCCGAGACGAAGACGGACCACGAGAAGCUCAUGGACGUGCUGGACGGAUUCAAGCAGCGGAAGCACAACAUUGGCAGGGCGGCGCUCGAGAACUGCGCCAUUCAGCAGGAGGAGUGGGUGAACUGCAUGAAGAGCGGCGACUGGGAGGACAGGAUGCAGAUGUGCAGGCGUCAGGUGCAAAAGUUUGAGAGGUGUUAUACCAUGCAGACGAGAUUUCUCAAAGCCCUAGGCUACCAAUCCAUCAACGGCCGCUCAGCGCAAGUGGAAGAAGACAUCCAGAUGCACGCAGAUCAGCUCUACGGGCGCAUGAUUGAGCAGGAAGAGGCCGUGGAGGCCGCCAAGAAGCAAGGCCUCCCCGUGCCCAAGUUCGAUUUCACGAUACCCGUCGCCGCACCGGCCGCGGCCGCGGCGCACACGCCGAGGCCGGACCUGGAGACCUCGUGGAAGGAGAAGCUGGAGCAGCUGCCCGAGUCGGAGAGGGCGGCCGAGGAGGCGGCGCUGCGGGCGGACUUCCAGGCCAACGUCGAGGUGGCCAAGAACGUGCAGAAGCUGUGGGACGAGCAGGAGAAGGAGAAGGAGAGGCGCAAGGCGGAGGGCAAGGCUACGAUUGUGGAUCGUAUCUCGGGGACGUUUGGCGGUGGGAAGUAAAAAGAAAGACCCUUGGGUUUCUGGGGCGAUGGUUAUCUCGGGCCUGCUACAACAGAGGUAAUCUGUGAGAGAAGCCACAUGAGAUGAUUGAAGUUGGAGUAUUGGAUCGUUAGAAGCCUCGUGGUUGGGGUUACCGUGGGUUUUGUAUAUCACGAUAUCGGCCUUUGUAAAGGCGAUUGUAGACUACCCUGUACUUCUACGUACGCAUUCCCGAAUGCAAAGGAAAAAAGAGCCUGACACUGGCUCAGUUCUC